AAUCUGUCAAUGACAUCAUGUAUCAAUUUUUGAAAAACUUCCAUAGUGAGCCGAAAGACCCCUGAGGCAACAGAAAACAGGAGAAAAAACGACUACUCCAAAAGAAUGUGUCUCUCCCCCAUUCCGGAAAUCAACAUGCAGUCUGAAUCUAACAUUACAGUCCGAGAUGACAUUGAUGACAUCAAUACCAAUAUGUACCCAUCAUCAUCAUAUCCAUUAAGCUUUCAAGUGUCUCUCACUGGAUUUCUCAUGUUAGAAAUUGUAUUGGGACUUGGCAGCAACCUCACAGUAUUGGUACUUUACUGCAUGAAAUCCAACUUAAUCAACUCUGUCAGUAACAUUAUUACAAUGAAUCUUCAUGUACUUGAUGUGAUUAUUUGUGUAGGAUGUAUUCCUCUAACUAUAGUUAUUCUUCUACUUUCAUUGGAGAGUAAUACUGCUCUCAUAUGUUGCUUCCAUGAGGCUUGUGUAUCCUUUGCAAGUGUCUCAACUGCAAUCAACGUUUUUGCAAUUACUUUGGACCGAUAUGAUAUCUCUGUAAAACCUGCAAACCGAAUUCUGACAAUGGGAAGAGCUGUCAUGUUAAUGACAUCCAUAUGGAUUGUCUCAUUUUUCUCUUUCCUAAUUCCCUUUAUUGAGGUCAAUUUUUUCAGUCUUCAAAGUGAAAACAGAUGGAAAAACAAGACACUUCUCUGUGUCAGUAGAAAUGAAUACCACACUGAACUGGGGAUGUAUUAUCACCUGCUCGUACAGAUUCCAAUUUUCUUUUUCACUGUUAUAGUAAUGCUCAUUACCUACACCAAAAUACUUCAAGCCCUAAAUAUUCGAAUAGGCACAAGAUUUUCAACAGGUCAAAAGAAAAAAGCGAGAAAGAAAAAGACAAUUUCUCUGACCACACAGCAUGAGACUACUGACGUAUCCCAAAGCAGUGGCGGGAGAAAUGUAGUUUUUGGUGUAAGAACUUCUGUUUCUGUCAUAAUUGCUCUCCGGCGAGCCGUGAAGAGACACCGAGAACGACGGGAGAGGCAAAAGAGAGUCUUCAGAAUGUCUCUGUUGAUUAUUUCAACAUUUCUUCUCUGCUGGACACCAAUUUCUGUUUUAAACACCACCAUUUUAUGUUUGGGCCCAAGUGACCUUCUGGUAAAACUAAGAUUGUGUUUCCUAGUUAUGGCCUAUGGAACUACCAUUUUUCAUCCUCUUCUAUAUGCAUUUACUAGACAAAAAUUUCAAAAGGUAUUGAAAAGUAAAAUGAAAAAACGAGUUGUUUCAAUUGUGGAAGCAGAUCCUAUGCCUAAUAAUGCUGUCAUACAUAAUUCUUGGAUAGAUCCUAAAAGGAAUAAAACAAUUACCUUUGAAGACAGUGAAGUAAGAGAGAAAUGUUUAGUACCACAGGUUGUUACCGACUAA